UAUGACGCAACAAAGGAACCAGUCGAAAGCUGAAAUGGAUCGUCAGUAAAAUUAAAGCGGUUCUGGAUGAAGCAGUGUGCUGAAGAGCCUGGUGGAUUUAGAGAUUUUGCUGAGAGGAUGGAAUGCUCAGAUGACCACCAGCCUGAUGAGGUGUCUGAGGAACAGAGCUGCGAUGCAGAAGGACACAGUAAAUCUCCAAAGAGGCGUAGAGAGAUGAGGAGAAGUCGACGGCGAGCGAACGGCAUGCAGCAGACCUGUGCCGAGUCACAUGACGCGUCCGAGACGUGCGAGAGCUCCACGAAGAGACUGGACAAGUGCAGACGAGCUCAUUUUCUCCACGGCCCGUAUCCCAGCACACACUUCGGACCCAAAGCCUGCAUCCUGCCCAAUCCGACCUCCAUCAUGCACAUCCAGGACCCAGUGAGUCAAAGGUUGGUGUGGAACAAACCGCCGCUCAACGUGCUGGUGAUCCGCAAGAUCCGAGACUUGAACCUGCUGGAGCCGUUUAAGGAGCUGUGCAGCUUUCUCAUCCAGGAGAAAGGUCUGUGUGUGUAUGUUCCUCAGGAGAAAGGUCUGUGUGAUGGAGCUCUGAUGGCAGAUGAGUCUUUCUCCAGCAUCAGGAGGCAACUGUGCACCUUCAGAGGGUUUGACGACAUCUCCGAUUGUAUCGAUCUAAUAGUGUGUCUGGGAGGAGACGGUACACUGCUAUACGCAUCAUCGCUCUUCCAGGGCAGCGUUCCCCCUGUCAUGGCCUUCCACCUGGGCUCGCUCGGCUUCCUCACACCGUUCAAGUUCGAGUCGUACAAGACUGAAGUGGACAAAGUGUUUGCAGGUAAUGCUGCCGUGGUGUUGCGCAGUCGUCUGAAGGUCAAGGUGCUCAAAGGAUCACUUCAUAGAGACCCAGAGAGCAGCAGUGUUACACACACACACAACCAAGUCACACUGCAGCUACAGGUCCUGAAUGAGGUAGUGGUGGACAGAGGUCCCUCGUCUUACCUGUCUAAUGUAGAUCUGUACCUUGAUGGACGUCUCAUCACCUCUGUCCAGGGAGACGGUGUCAUCGUGUCGACGCCCACAGGAAGCACGGCGUACGCAGCGGCAGCAGGAGCCUCCAUGAUCCACCCCAACGUCCCUGCCAUCAUGGUCACACCAAUCUGCCCUCACUCCCUCUCCUUCAGACCCAUCGUAGUGCCAGCGGGGGUCGAGCUUAUGAUCACUCUCUCUCCAGAAGCUCGGAACACGGCGUGGGUUUCUUUUGAUGGCAGGAAGAGACAGGAAAUCCAACAUGGGGACAGCAUUAGGAUCACUACGUCGUGUUACCCCGUUCCGUCUCUGUGCUGUCACGGCCUGGUGUACGACUGGUUCGAAAGUUUAGCAGAGUGUUUACACUGGAACAUCCGCAAGAAGCAAACUCACCUGAGUGACGUCUCGGACUCCACCGACACAGACACCUGAGUCACACGCACACACACACACUCGCAAGACUGCACUGUAGUCUGAAAGCUAGUUGUGCUGAAGUGACAUUCCAGUGUGUGUAUGUUUGUUCAGGAUCAGUGUGACAUGGCGCCUCCUUGUGGAUGAGCUGCUGCAUUGUCAAGUAAACAUUAAAUAAUACAUUCUUAAUCACACACUCAAAUGCACGACUAAUGACAUCACUAUGACAUCACUGCUACACCCCAAAAUGCAAUAAAGUGAGGAGCCGAGCAGCA